AUGACCUCUAGCUGUGCUUUCGAAGACCUACACCGACCCGGCAAAACCUGGCACGACUCAAAGUUCUUUGUAGAAAAUGCCAUUGGCCAACGGCCUCAAUUGACCGGCGAUGUCUUUGCUAUGCGGGAGCAGUAUAAGGCACUGGCAGAUGGGGCAAAUGCAACCCGAAUUAUUUCGCCCAAUAUUACCGUCGUCGGGUUGUACUUCCACGGGGGCGGGUUUUGCUGUGGUGAUUUAGACUCCGAGGACGAGUUCUGCAGGCUUCUAGCCGAAUGCCUGCCUUGUAUUGUCAUCUCGGUGGGCUAUAGGCUUGCACCGGAGCACAAGGCCCCCGCUCAGCUGGAUGAUGCGCUCGAGGCUUGGAACUGGGCAUACAACAACGCGAGUACUUUGAACGGUGAUCGUGAGAGAUACUUCACUGUUGGUCAGAGUGCAGGGGGUAGCCUCGCUCUGGUAGUGGCACGCCGAUUGAUCGUGCUUGGCCGGAAACAUGAAGUCAAGGGGAUCGCAGCCAUUGCUCCGUUCGUUGUCCACCCGGAUGGUGUUCCUUCGCGUUAUAUGACCCAAUAUCGUGCUUUUGAUGAGCUCGGAGAUGGUCCCAUCAACACGAAGCAAGCCAUGACCCAUUUCUACAAAGCAAUCCAGGCGCCGCCCGGCGACCCAGACGUCUACAUUCUCAAUGCGGAGGCGGAUUUACACCAGUUCCCUCCGACCUACCUUGCAGUCUGUGGGAUUGAUCCACUGCGAGACGACGGCCUUAUCAUCUACGACGCCUUGAAGACAGCUGGAGUUUCUGUAAAACUGGAUUAUUACCAAGGUUUGCCACACGUGUUCUGGGCUUUUAAGUGUCCUGCUCCAAGCGGUGAUUUCGUGGCGGAUGUCGUGGCUGGUAUUAGGAUUUUCACGCAUACUUCACAGACCAUUGCCGCGCAAGACUAG